CUGGAUACAGGCUGCCAGAGGGCUCAGAAGCCCAGUGCACCUCCCUGUCCCAACUCUGUCCACCUGCUGCUGUGGCCACAGCAACAGAAGAGAUAGCUAGUAAGGCAGGAGUGAGGCCCAGUACCUUGUGGACAGUGGUGUCAUUAGCUGUGAUGCCUAAGAUGUCUCGAGAGAUGGAAGAGCUCACCCAAACCAGGUUGCAGAAGAUCUGGAUUCCACAUAGCAGUGGCAGCAGCGGGCUACAACAGAGGAGGGGCUCAUCAGUGCCCCAGUUUACCAAUUCCCCCACAAUGGUGAUCAUGGUUGGCUUACCAGCUCGAGGAAAGACCUACAUCUCCACGAAGCUCACGCGAUAUCUCAACUGGAUAGGAACACCAACUAAAGAUUCUUUCCAACCUCUUCACCAGGUUUCCCUGCUCUCAGUGUUUAAUUUAGGCCAGUACCGACGAGAGGCAGUGAGCUACAAGAACUAUGAAUUCUUUCUUCCAGACAACAUGGAGGCCCUACUUAUCAGGAAGCAGUGUGCCCUGGCAGCCCUGAAGGAUGUCCAUAACUAUCUCAGCCGUGAGGAAGGUCAUGUUGCGGUUUUUGAUGCCACCAACACUACUAGAGAACGACGGUCACUAAUUCUGCAGUUUGCGAAAGAACAUGGUUACAAGGUCUUUUUCAUUGAGUCCAUCUGUAAUGACCCUGGCAUCAUUGCAGAAAACAUCAGGCAAGUAAAACUUGGAAGCCCUGAUUACAUAGACUGUGACCGGGAAAAGGUUCUGGAAGACUUUCUAAAGAGAAUUGAGUGCUAUGAGGUCAACUACCAACCCUUGGAUGAUGAACUGGACAGCCACCUCUCCUACAUCAAGAUCUUCGAUGUGGGCACACGCUACAUGGUGAACCGAGUGCAAGACCACAUCCAGAGCCGCACAGUCUACUAUCUCAUGAACAUCCAUGUCACACCCCGCUCCAUCUACCUAUGCCGGCAUGGUGAGAGUGAACUAAACCUCAGAGGCCGCAUUGGAGGUGACUCUGGCCUCUCAGCUCGGGGCAAGCAGUAUGCUUAUGCCCUGGCCAACUUCAUUCAGUCCCAGGGCAUCAGCUCCCUGAAGGUGUGGACCAGCCACAUGAAGAGGACUAUCCAGACAGCUGAGGCCCUGGGUGUUCCUUAUGAGCAGUGGAAGGCCCUGAACGAAAUUGAUGCGGGUGUCUGUGAGGAGAUGACCUAUGAAGAAAUCCAGGAACACUACCCUGAGGAAUUUGCACUACGGGACCAAGAUAAAUAUCGCUACCGCUAUCCCAAGGGAGAGUCCUAUGAGGAUCUGGUUCAGCGUCUGGAGCCAGUUAUAAUGGAGCUAGAACGGCAGGAAAAUGUACUGGUGAUCUGCCACCAGGCUGUCAUGCGGUGCCUCCUGGCCUACUUCUUGGAUAAGAGCUCAGAUGAGCUGCCAUAUCUCAAGUGUCCUUUGCACACAGUGCUUAAACUCACACCUGUGGCUUAUGGCUGCAAAGUGGAGUCCAUCUACCUGAAUGUGGAAGCUGUAAACACACACCGGGAGAAACCUGAGAAUGUGGACAUCACCCGAGAACCUGAGGAAGCCCUGGACACUGUCCCUGCCCAUUACUGAGCCCUUUCCAAGAAGUCAAACUGCCUUUGUCUCCACUGUUUCCCACCUUUAAGUGCUGCUUACCUUGCACUUCUCUUACCUCAAGACGCUGGACUUGGUCUUACUAGAAGACCCCUGCUUCUAAUGAAGAAGCCCUCAGCAUCUCCAAAACAGGCCUCGAUUUCCAGCUACAACCAAGGAGCUGUCUAGUUAUGAAUGAAGCUUUUUCUUUCUUAAUUCCUAGUUCCUUAUCAAUAAAGCCUUCUCUUGCUGCCUACAAGGAGGGAGAGGAAGUCAUUGUGAGACUUCUCCUACAA